AAGAAGAACAAGAAGCCUGCUUCGCCGGAAAUUGUCAACGUCAUGCCUGGUCCGCCGGGUGGUGGUCCGUACGGCGACCCAUUCGCAGGCCUUAGUGGUGGUCUGCCUCCUGGUUUCGCCAUGGAUAUGGGUGGACCACCUAAAAAAGACAAAAAGAAGAGCGCUCCAAAGCGAGGGAAGGAAAUCAGUGGAUUGGCGGCGUGGUUGGCAGGAGGCAAUUUAGGAGCGAGGACGGGUGGCGGGUCGUCAAAAAAAGGGGAUGAAAAACUCGAAGCGGGGGUUUCAAGAGUCGUUUCGGAUGGGAGUGUCAGUACGGGUGGUGGUGCGAGUGUUGUUUCUUCGGAGGGGAAGAGGAGGUCUAGUCGGGCGGGUGUGGCCAGGACUGGAACGGGGGAUAGUGGGGUCGUCAUUAUGGAUGCUGGGUCGACGAAGCAGAGGAAGUCGGCGACUAAUGGCGGCGCCGCUGCGAAGAAGGCGGACGAUGCGGCUUGUGUGGUGAUGUGAAGAGGAGGAGAAACAACAACGACACCCGAUGACGAUGAUGGUGAUGAUGAUGGAUGGAGAAGACGACACUUCUUGGAACGAUUUACAACCCCCCGCUGUUCGACGAGGACAUGGUUUUCCUCCCGUGGAUGAUGCGCGGGUCUUUCAUGUCCUCAACCUUUAUUUCUGCGAUUUGAAUACUUGGGAUUUUUGGGAAGCGAGCGCUGGCGUUAUUCUCUCAUUGGAUGGAUGGGGAGAAAUGGGU